AUGGGCUUGCGAAACACGUUCCUUCACUUACGCUCCUUUCAUCUUCUUCCGUCCAAGGCGAACACGCCCUUGACUUCUCCUACGUCCCCUCGCUCGGAUGGGCGAGAGGGUCUUCCAUUGUCCAGCCGCAGGGAAAGAUUCGACAAUAUCACCAUUCGCGGCACAACCAUCGUCGUUCUUGCAACAUUGGCAUCAAUUGUCUUCAUCUGUAGCAUCACCGUUGCCCUCAUUGGUCGCGCUUCGGACAACUACGACCAAUUCACUUCUGCGCUAGACGAGGUCUCACGUUUCAACCCAGGGAUUCUCCUAGUUGGAGAAGGCGUGGAUAUCGAUAUAGACGAACCCUCUGUUACCAUUCGUUGGUUCGUUGUCGCGUGUGGUGGAGAUUCCGUGUUGCAAGGAUCCAAAGGUGUUCUUGAUCACAAGGCUUGUGGCUUACCUGUCACUGGCGUGAACAUCUUUGUUGAUAACAACGCCAAUCCUUCUUUUGCGUAUGAUCCCGUCUUGGUCCCCUUCGACGAAGAUACGGCACGGAGGAAGAGCUUAGAAAGCGCAAUCCACUUCGAGACUAGCCAUGUCCUCGACGUACAUCAAGCGCGACAAUACCCCUUCGAUACCUAUCGACUUCAGAUAGAAUUUCGAGCGGCAGCUCUGGUAGCCAACCAGACUCUACCUCUGUCAAUCAGUCGAGUCUUGACCGUCGACCAAACUUCAUCUUUCAAUGUCGAUUCUACAGAUUUCAGGCGCUAUAUGGUCUUGAACGAGAUCAGAUCUCCAACUCAACGUGUGGACCUGCAUAUCAAGAGGCCUGGGUCUGCGCGCUUAUUCACUCUAUUGCUCUACGCUAUCAGCUGGCUCUUGACGCAUAUAUGCAUAGGUCAAGUGGUCAUCGCCAAGCGGGGCGACGGGUCGAGAUUGCUGCUAUGCUGUUUGGCCAUCUGCGCAGGGACUCUCCUUGCCCUUCCUCAAUUGCGAAACAGCAUGCCUGAUGCACCUGGCCUGGAUGGUAUCUUGAUUGGUUAUUUCCCUCAGAUGGCUAUCGUCGGUCUUUGCAUCAUCGCUCUCCUCCUCAUGCUGGCAAUUCGCGAAUUGGAUGACAUAAGGGACACACAAUAUGUCGAGCCCUACACCCCCAAUCGUCGAUUCUGCUUUCCGGAGGGGGUGACCUUGAGCUCACCACCACCGCCCCGACCCCGUCGCCCGCCUCCCAUGUACAGCCAGACGGACCUUUCGCAGUGGGAGAUGCAACGGAUGGCCAAGCAUCUGCGAGGGGACUAUGUGUUCCCUCCCAUCUCUGCCCGAGCAUCUGUAAAGCCCGACAAUAACAUUACCUGGAAACCGGUGCAUAGGAGGAGCAAGACCAUGAGGGCCGUGUCGAUGUUGGAGGAAGGAGAGAUCUCGAGGUGGUCGGACCACGAGGAUUGA